UGGAAAAACGAACCAACAACAAUGGCGCAGCCCAGCUCGAUGUCUCACUGCCGUUUCAUUCCAGCUUUGAAGCAAACUGGAUCUGUUCGAACGGGCGCCGAGCAGCCAUUCUUACCGGAAUCGGUUGCCCUGUUUUCCUCUCGCCGUUCUCUCCACUCCGAAAUUUUCUCCCGGCCUUCCCUUUUUCCCUCUCGCCGUUCUCUCCACACCAAGCCCAUUCCCAAAACCCUACUGGUUUUUUUCCAUCUCUUUCCCUAUUCUCCAACUUCUCGCCGUUGCUCAUCUUCGUUUUUUCUUUUAACUUCUUGUUAUCCUCCUCCCCAACUCCUUUCCAUUUGUGGAUUUCGUCUUUUCUUCUUAUUGCUGAUUCAGGAAAAGAAGCGUUUCAGAUUUAAGCAAAUGGAUUCUUCUUUGUAGCUGAGGAUCGUAUCCUAAACGUUCUUGGCGAUUCUACCAUUCGGAUAAGAAAUACUUGGCAGGAUUUUGGGUAACUCAGAUAUGGAUUGUGCACAGAGUAAUAAGCAAUCCAAGGAGCAAUUAGAGAUGGCCCAUAAAGAAACCGAUGUUAUCCCUGAUCGCAGCAACUCCAAUUGUUCAUCUACCUCGGAGUUGUCACGAGACUCAGCUCUUCAACCAAAACCAGAUGUUUUCGAGUUUAUGGGAGCUGUGCAAACAGCGGAGAAUUUGUCUCUGGGUUCUUGUAGAAUCCAGAGUUCUUCUCAGAUUCGAUUAUCGGGGGUGCUUGAAAACCAUGAUCCAAACCGAAUACCUAUAUCGAUCUUCUCUGGUAAACCUUCAAAUCCUAUGGAAUGGAGCACUGCUUCGAAUGAAUCAUUGUUCAGUAUUCAUGUGGGAAACAACAGCUUUUCAAGGGAGAACUUCAAUUUUUUUACCAAGUCUGGAGAGUUGAUGUUGAACCCCAAUUCAUCCCUGAAUCUACCCAGCCUGCCCCCUCUUGUUGAACCACCAAGAGUUGAGAGUAAAACAGGAAUCACGGUGAAUGUCUCGGCUGAACCAGUGACAUCAACUGGACCUCAAAUUCCAGCCAUAUCAGUUCAUCAAAAAGAACCCACCACGACACCUACAGAUGAGCUUCGAGGUCGCCAGAGUGUGUCAAACGACAGCAUGAAUAGCUCUCAUUCGUUUCAGUUCCCACUAUUGGCAAGUGAAGGUGCAACGCCAAAAACAACCAGCUCCGUCUCAACAGACUCAGGUGCAACACCACAACAACAGCCAGUGACGAAGCUGCAAACAAAGAGGCAGCAGUCAAUGAAGCAGGAAUCGCCAGAGCAUGAAUCUCCAUCUCCAUCUCAUGAAAUCACGGCACCGUCUCCGGCCACAAACUCGGGUUCGGGCUGGUUUUCCUGCUUCUCGUGGUGUCAAUGCCGGUGAUGGGAUCUCUGCUCGUUGAAUGUACUACUUGUUUUACGCUCCUAGCUAAUUAGUUCUUUCAAAUUGAAAGGAAAAAAGACAAACAACAUGAGCUACAGUUGAUGACUGUAAUCCUUAAGAGUUACAUCAGAAGGAUUAGCAGUUGAUUAUUUUUUUCUCAUUAAAUCAUACAA